AUGGAGAGACCGGAUUCCCUGGGGCUCCUCAUUGUCACAUUAAACUGCAACGUGACCAUCAUGGGGAAGGUCUGGCUGGUCGUGACUGUACUGCUGAGGAUGGCGGUGGUGGUCCUGGCAGGGUACCCUGUCUACCAGGACGAGCAGGAGCAGUUCGUCUGCAACACUCUGCAGCCGGGGUGCGCCAACGUGUGCUACGACCUCUUCUCCCCCGUGUCCCCGCUGCGGUUCUGGCUCGUCCAGGGCCUGUCUGUCCUCCUGCCCUACGCCGUGUUCAGCGUCUACGUCCUCCACAAAGGAGCCACACUGGCCGCCCGCAGACUCUGCGACUCAGACGGAGGUCCCGGCGGCCACCACCCUGACCUGGGCCCUGGGGACAGGACCUGCCCACGCCCCUGCAGGGAGCGGCGUCCCCUGAUGGUGCCAGACUUCUGCUCCGGCUACAUCGCCCACCUCUGUCUGCGGACUCUGGUGGAGGCAGCGUUGGGGGCCUCGCACUACUUCCUCUUUGGAUUCCAGGUCCCGAAGACAUUCUCUUGCACCCAGGCUCCGUGCAGCAGCGUGGUGGACUGCUACGUGUCGCGGCCCACGGAGAAGUCCAUCCUGAUGCUGUUCCUCUGGGCAGUCAGCGGGCACUCCUUCUUCCUCGGUGUGGCCGACCUGGUCUGCAGCUUGCGCAGGAGGGCCCGCAGGAGGCCAGGCCGCCAGCGGGGAGCCAGGAGCCCCUCUACCCAGAAGGAGUGCCCAGCCCUGCUAUCUGCGGGCCACGAGGGGGGCGGCUCAGGGGUGGAGGGCGUGCACACCCACCCUGGCAUGCGCGCGGGGGAGGAGGGCGCCCACAGCCCAGGAAGGGAGUCCAUUGUGUCCAGAUGGACCGAGCUCCCAGACGAAGAAGACGAGAGCCAGGGCAAGUCCGCCACCAGCGAGAGGCCGCCGACGGCUUGCAGAGGGCCCUCCCGGGAUGCUAGAAGCAAAGACCUGGGGCUGGAGGAGCAGGCCUCGGCCCUGCAGAGCCGGCUGACCAUGCACUCCACGGCUGGGCAGCUGCAGCCCCCUGGCUGGCCAGCCACCGGCAGCACCUCCCACCUGAGGACCAAAAAGUCCCAGUGGGUGUGA